AUGCUCCAAUAUUUAAAGACCAAAGAAGAGAGAGAAGCGUUUAUAGAUAAAUAUGACAAUUUUUUGUUUGACUGCGAUGGCGUCUUGUGGGAAGGAAAUAGAAUGUUUGACGGCGUACGCGAAUCUAUGAAACUGUUGAGAGAAAAAGGCAAACAUGUCUGCUUUGUCACAAAUAACAGCACAAAGUCUCGCAAAUCUUAUUUGAAAAAGUUUGAAGACUUUGGUAUUGAGGCUAAAAUAGAAGAAAUCUUCACAUCGGCUUUUGCUACUGCUACUUAUUUGAAGAAUGUGUUAAAGUUUCCAACAGAUAAGAAGGUAUACAUCAUAGGUAUGAAAGGUAUCAAGGAAGAAUUGGCCUUAGAGGGUAUCCAAAGCUGUGGAGCUGAAGAAGAUAGUGGAUUAUUUGAUAACGAUCCUGUCCCUGAUGACAAGGAUGUGGGAGCUGUUGUCGUUGGACUUGAUACUCAAGUGAACUAUAAAAAGUAUUCAAAGGGUUUUGCUUACUUAACUAGAAAUCCUGGAUGUUACUUUAUUGUAACCAAUGAAGACAGUACAUUUCCUCAACAUGGAUCCUUUUAUCCAGGUGCUGGUGCAAUUGCUGCUCCUCUUAUCACGGCCCUUGAUAGACGUCCUGAUGCAGUCUUGGGUAAACCAGCGUUGAAUAUGCUAGAGGCAAUUUUUGCAGAAUACAAGAUAGAUCCUUCCAAGACAGUUAUGAUCGGAGAUAGACUGAAUACAGAUAUAGAGUUUGGACUAAACGGAGGCAUUGACACCUUGUGUGUGUUGACUGGUGUUACUACCAAAGACGAGUUAUUAUCUGAAGAAAACAAAGUAAAGUCUACUUACUACAUAAAUGGCUUUGGUGACUUUGGUCAAAAAUAA